GACUCCGCGCUUUCGCCAGCAAAACAAACAGAACACCACCGCAGCGGUGUGUUUUGCAAACAGUGCCUUAGUGGGAAUUGUGUGCGGUGACCGAAAGUGAAGUGGAAAGCCUGAAACGCACUGACAUAGGAAGUGUCAACAUAAUUCAAUUGAAAACAAUCCACAACCGCCAGAAAGGGCCCCGUCCGCACGUCCGGCUUUGCAGUGGUUGCGUUUAGAGUGGCCCCUCCGUGAUUGUAAAUUUUCGUGCGUUGUCCCCGUUCCCCGGCACCCUCACGACACCAUGCUGAAGUUCACCGUCGCCAUCGCCAUUGGGGCCCUGGUCUGCAUUGCGGGCCUCGCCGUGGGGCAGGAAAUUCCACCGUACAUCAAGCAGUGUCGCCGGUCGGACCCGGAGCUCACGGACUGUCUCAAGGCAUCGCUGCAACACUUGCGACCCUACCUGGCCAGGGGCAUCCCCGAGAUUAAGCUACCCUCGGUCGAGCCGUUCGUGAUGGAUCAGCUGUCGCUGCAGCUCACAGGCGGACCUCAAGGAUACCGGAUCAACCUGAAGAACAUGGAAGUGUUCGGUGCCAGCAAUUUCACCGUGCGCUCGAUCAAACUUGUUGAUGGCAACAAGCCGUUCGAGGCCCGGCUCACCAUCCCGCGGCUGCAGAUUCACGCCAAGUACACCAGCAGCGGCGUGCUGAUCAUCAUCCCUGCCAGCGGUUCCGGUGAUUUCGAUGCCGUGUUCGAUGGUGUGACCGCCGAGGUCAAGGGGCUGGUGUCGACGAGCGAAAAGCCGACCGGAACGCAUCUGCGCGUGGAGAAGCUCGAUCUCAACCUGGCGAUCAAGAAGCCGCGCCUGAGCGUAUCGAAGAUCUUCAACAACAACCGCAUCCUGACGGAAGCCACCAACCUCUUCCUGAAGGAGAACGGGCACGAAGUGCUGCGCGCACUGCAGCCACAGCUCCAGAAGAAGCUCUCGGCCGAGUUCACCGGCAUCGCCAACCAGCUGCUCGACAACGUCCCGAUCCACUUCUUCCUCGUGGACUAAGGCCGUCGCGCUGACGCGCUUGGUGAAGGCACUUUGUGAUACCCGUUGUUUAGUGUUAAGGCCCGAAAGGCCGUAAGUUGGGCAGAGGAGCAAAAUCGGACAAAAUGUGGUGGUGACGCCUAGUCGCCCUCACGACACGGAGUGGAUUUCAAAUAAGAAGGCCGGCCCGGGUGAUAGGCGAGCCCCGGAGCGAAACUGUACCCAAGGAGAGAACCGUACCAUUUUGUAAACACAUCUGACAUUUAUAUGCAGUACAAAUGAGGGAAAUAAAAAAAACAC